AUGCAUCAAUUGGCAAUUUCUUUAAUAAAUUCUGAAAAUGUUAAACCAGAAAUUGAAGUUGAGCAAAUUGAAAAAGAUUUACAAGAAGGUUUUGUGCAUGCUUUAGUUAUUGAAAUUAAGGAAGAAAAAAAGAUAAUUGGUUAUCUUUCAUAUACAAUUUCUUCCUCAUUAAAUGGAGGAAAGGUUGUCUAUUUGGGUGAUUUAAUUUGUGAAAUUAAAUAUAAAGAACUUCCAGUAAGAUUGUAUGCAGAACUUGCAAAGGUUUAUUAUAAUAGAGUUGUUGGUGACCGGCUUAUAAACCGAGACUCGAAAAUUCUUCUAAAAUGA